GACAUGGCAGAGGCUCGUAUCCCAGUGAGUAUGAACCACCUCCGCUGUCGAAUCUGCCAGCAGGUCCUCAGGGACCCUGCGACCGUUCCGUGCGGACACAACUUCUGCAUGCGGUGCAUCCAGGACCGUUGGGAUCAAGACCAAAGGCAGAAACGUCCCCGUAAAUGCCCUGAAUGUGGUCAUAGUUUUCCCUCCAGACCUCAGCUAAUCCUGAACACAACUCUAGCCAAUUUAGUGACAGACACGCAAAGGGAUUCUAAUGGCAGAGAGAAGAGGAAGAGGCCCCGGACAUGUUCAGAGACAGAGACAUCAGAAAAGACCCUGUGUCCGAGACACAACAGGCCUUUGGAUGCUUACUGUCGCACUGAUGAGACGAUCUUCUGCCUAACCUGCGCUUCAGCGGAGCAUGGCGGACACGAAAUUGUGUCUAUUGAAGAUGAACGGAAGAGGAAACAGGAGGAGCUGGCGGGCAUACAAACAGAAUCCAGGCAGCUUCUCGAGAAACAAGAAAAGAAAUGGAAGAGCAUCCUGGAACAGAUUGAGGAGGAGGCGGAAAAAACAGACAACUACUGUGAAAGCAUCAUAGUUGGUGGGAUCGAGUCCCUCCAGGAUCGUUACCUGUCAGUGAAGAGGCUGAUUGGAGAACAGAAGCAGGUGGCAGCAGCUCAGGUCACCAUCUCCUUGCAGACCCUGGAAGCCAAGAUGGAGAGGGUCAAGAAGAGGGACACUGAGCUGGAUCGUCUGGCACAGACUGAAAGCGACAUCCAUUUCUUGCAGGAGUGGCCCUCGCUACAGCGCCUCUUUGAAGAAGACGGUGGAGAAGAGGUUUUAGAGGCUCCACCCCUCCCCUUUGAGUUUACAAAGAGAGCUGUUGAAAAAUUCGGGAAGCAGCUGGAAGAAUUUUGUGACAAAGAAUUCCCCUCAAUCUCUCAAAUUGGUCCUCCUGGAGUGAUCGGCACUCCGGUUGGUCAGAAUGAGGAGCCUAAAACCAGAGCAGAGUUCCUGCAGUAUGCAUGUGAGCUCACCUUGGACCCCGCCACGGCUAACGAGGACCUGGUCAUUUCUGAAGGAGACAAAGAGGUGAAGCUGAGCCCUCAGACAUUUAAGAGCCCAAGUAAUCAUUGCCCAGAGAGGUUUAUCCGUCGGCGGCAGGUGCUUUGCAGGGAGGGAUUGCAGGUCGAGCGCUGCUACUAUGAGAUAGAGGUGGAGGGGGACAAAGCAGAGAUUGCCCUCACUUACAAAAGAAUAGACAGAAGAUCUAGCACUAGGUUGUCGGCUUUUGGGGCCAAUGCAAAUUCAUGGAGUCUUGAUCGGUCCACAAAAUACUCUGUGAGUCACAGUGGUAAAAGCGUUGAGCUCACAGAAGACCCCUGUCAUGACAGGAUUGGGGUUUAUCUUAAGUUCAAAGAGGGAACAGUGUCAUUUUACGAGGUAUCAGACUCAGACAGUAUGAUCUUUCUUUACAAGACUGAGGCCAAAUUCACAGAGCCACUGUAUCCAGGCUUCUGGCUCGGAGAGAAAGGUUGCAUCAGGAUCUGUGAUCUGACACAGGGCAGAGGUUCAUAGACAGCUUGUAACAAUUUAAGGGAAAUUAACUUAAAACGAGAACUUCUUGAGUGUGACAGCACGUAUCACACAGAUUUAUAAGUCAACUUCCUCCUUUUUGUAAUCUUUCUUGAGGCUUUGUUACAUGUGGGGUUACAUAACACAAUACACAGCAGACUACUCUGGUGCCCCGUUUGCUUAGAUUUAUACAUAUAUACAUAUAUAUAUAUAUUUUCAUUUACAUGUUUGUGGAUACUGGACUGUGUUGGGGGACACACUUUUUCAGAGUUACCAGUCUCGUAUGUGACAAAGAUAAGGUGAAAAGUGGAAUAGACCCAUCCUUAGUGCUAUACAGUGGGGCAAAAAAGUAUUUAGUCAGCCACCAAUUGUGAAGACUUACAGAAAACGUUUGACCUCUGUCAUUUCCAACAAAGGGUAUAUAACAAAGUAUUGAGAUGAACUGUUGGUAUUGACCAAAUACUUAUUUUCCACCAUAAUUUGCAAAUAAAUUCUUUAAAAAUCAGACAAUGUGAUUUUCUGGAUUUGUUUUUCUCAUUCUGUCUCUCAUAGUUGAAGUAUACCUAUGAUGUAAAUUACAGGCCUCUCUCAUCUUUUUAAGUGGGAGAACUUGCACAAUUGGUGGCUGACUAAAUACUUUUUUGCCCCACUGUAUAUGGGUUUUCAUCAGAUUGUGACCAUUCUGACUAAGAAGCAAUCUGAAGACCAGUGUCAUGUGGUAGAUAAACUGAAUGGGCACUAUUUUAAUCCACAAAGUCAUCUGGGCUUUUCUAAAUGUUAUAAUAAUGUUAUGUUGGGCGAUUGAGUCCCUCUGGCUCUCCAAAAGAUGCUAUUCCUUCUCGAUUUUUAAAGGAGGUUUUUCCAGUUGUGGGGCCUUUUGUCCUUUCUAUUAUUAAUAGUAUCUUAUCUUCUGGGCUGGUUCCUAGGGAGUUUAAACAUGCUGUGGUGCAGCCACUGAUUAGGAAACCUGGUCUGGAUCCCACAGUGCUCUUAGGCCCAUUUCAAAUUUACCAUUCCUUUCCAAAAUCCUUGAAAAGAUAGUUUACACUCAGUUACUGGCCUUUUUAAAUGAGCAUAAAUUUUUUGAGAUUUUUCAAUCAGGUUUAAAACCCUGCACAGUCAGUUUUGGUGAAAGUUUUAAAUGAUAUUUUUCUUGCAACUGAUUUAGGGAAUUGCGUAGUCAUGGUGCUCCUAGACUUGACUGCCGCUUUUGAUACAGUGGAUCACAAUAUCCUUAUUUCUCGUUUAGAGCACUGGGUGAGCAUUCGAGGUAUAGCCCUAGAAUGGUUUCGGUCUUAUCUUAAGGAUCGAGCCUUUUGUGUGAAACUUGGGGAUGCUGUGUCUUCUUCUGAGCCCCUUUUGUAUGGGGUUCCACAGGGCUCAGUUCUUAGACCCCUUCUUUUUUCCCUUUACCUUCUCCCACUCAGCUCUAUACUUAGGAAACACGGCAUCUCCUUUCAUUUUUAUGCAGAUGAUUGCCAGCUUUAUCUGCCGGUUAAAAAGGCGAAUUCUUGUGUGAAGACACUGCUUGAAUGCUUAGAUGACAUUAAAUCUUGGCUUGCUUUUAAUUUUUUGAAGCUGAAUGAGGAGUAGACUGAGGUGAUGGUGUUU